ACAUGGUAGGGUAACACACUAGCUAGAGAAAUGAAAAAAGUUAGCCUCUUGCUCUAUCGAAGUGGAGUUGGUGGUCUCUUCACGGAAUGACUGCUUUUGUCACUGGCUGAUAGGUUUGACGUGUACAAGAGAAGCAUUGUGCUUCUUUAGACGUAUAAGAAAGUGUAAAGCAGUGCAAGACUAGUAAGUGUCCUCUAGUUUCUACUAUAUAUAUCUUCAAUAUUCUCUUCAAAUUUUCUGCAUAAAUAUAUAUAAAACCAAUUUGAAAUAUCAGUAGCAGCCUCAAAAGAUGGCGCAGGCAAAUAGCAAUGGCAAAGAUAGUAGAUGGUCUCUUCACGGAAUGACUGCUCUUGUCACUGGUGGAACCAAAGGAAUUGGGUAUGCUAUUGUGGAGGAAUUGGCGGGGCUAGGUGCAACUAUACAUACUUGUUCUCGUAAUGAAGUUCAGCUUAACGACUGCUUGAGCCAAUGGAAAAUGAAAGGUUUUGAUCAAGUCACUGGUUCGGUAUGUGAUGUGGUCUCAAAAGCUCAACGAGAGGAGCUUAUAAACAAGGUCUCAUCACUAUUUCACGGCAAACUUAACAUCCUUAUAAACAACGUGGGAACUGCCGAACUAAAACCAGCAAUCGAGACCACAACUGAAGAUUACUCAUUUAUUAUGAGUACCAAUCUUGAAUCUGCUUACCAUUUUUCCCAACUUGCACAUCCUCUUUUGAAAGCUUCAGGAGCUGGGAACAUUAUUUUUAUGUCUUCUGUUGCUGGCGUUGUAUCAAUUGGGACGGCUAGUAUAUAUGCUGCCACAAAAGGAGCAAUUAACCAGUUGGCAAAAAACUUAGCAUGUGAGUGGGCAAAAGACAACAUAAGGACCAACAGUGUUGCACCUUGGUUCAUCCGAACUCCCCUCACUGAGCCUCUUCUGAGUAACCAAAAUUUUUUGGAGGCUGUCAAUUCUCGAUGCCCUUUAGGACGGACUGGAGAGCCAAAAGAGGUGUCCGCCUUGGUGGCAUUUCUAUGCUUCCCUGCAGCAUCUUACAUAACUGGCCAAACUAUCUGCGUCGAUGGAGGGUUCACUGCCAAUGGCCUCCUCUUCCAAGGACCAUGAAAAAAUUAUUUAUGUGAUUUGUGUGCUUGCUAGUAGUAGGAGAAGCUAGAGGUCUCUCUGGUUUCCUUGUCUUUUGAGUUCGGAACCUUCUGAUCCAUCUAAUAAUAUGCUCUAGUUUGUGGUUUUAUAUGGAGGGCCUUUUAUUUCUUCACUUACUGAGAAGAGAAGUUGUAGCCCUAUAAAGUUACUAGAUAUAAUAAGUUUCUAAAUAUAAUAGUUCGGAAGCUCCUCUGAUAA